GAGCUGCGCGUGCCACGCAGCCGCGCGCCUCCUCCCCCCCAGAAGGCCUCGUUUUCAUUUGCGCCAUUUUGUCCGCUCACUUUGUUGAUUGGGCUUUAGCGAACUGUACUGGAGCCAAUCAGAGGGGAACCGGACAGCGGAGAGACGUUUCUAGAGAGGCCGGUGAGAAUAACAAGCUAUGGAGCAGUACACCACUGCCACCACUACCACGGGGGAGCAGAUCGUUGUGCAGACAUCCAAUGGACAGAUCCAACAGCAGACACAGGGCACAGUGACCGCUGUGCAGCUGCAAACAGACGCGCCAGUGGUGACGGCCUCAGGCCAGCAGGUGCAGACACUCCAGGUAGUCCAGGGACAGCCUCUGAUGGUCCAGGUGAGCGGCGGGCAGCUCAUCACGUCAUCAGGGCAACCUAUAAUGGUGCAGGCCAUGUCGGGGGGGCAGGGUCAAACCAUAAUGCAGGUCCCUGUAUCUGGAGCUCAGGGAUUACAGCAGAUCCAGCUGGUGCAGCCAGGUCAGAUCCAGCUGCAGGGCGGACAGACUCUCCAGCUCCAGGGCCAGCAGGGUCAGCCCCAGCAGAUCAUCAUCCAGCAGCCCCAGACGGCCAUCACAGCUGGCCAGAACCAGGGACAGCAGAUCACUGUGCAGGGCCAACAGGUGGCGCAGACGGCUGAUGGACAAACCAUUGUGUACCAGCCUGUCAAUGCAGACGGCACCGUCCUGCAGCAGGGAAUGAUCACAAUUCCAGCUUCCAGCUUGGCGGGGGCCCAGAUUGUACAGGCAGGGGGUGCCAACACCAACACUACGAACAGCGGCCAAGGCACUGUGACCGUUACCCUGCCCGUCUCUGGUAACAUGGUCAAUGCAGGUGGAAUGGUCAUGAUGGUGCCUGGAGGUAGUGCAGUUCCCACAAUGCAGCGUAUCCCCCUGCCAGGUGCUGAGAUGCUCGAGGAGGAGCCUCUGUAUGUUAAUGCCAAACAGUACCACCGCAUCUUGAAGCGAAGACAGGCUCGUGCCAAGCUGGAGGCUGAGGGCAAAAUCCCCAAGGAACGGAGGCAGAAAUACCUACACGAGUCUCGCCACCGUCACGCCAUGCAGCGCAAGCGAGGAGAUGGAGGACGUUUCUUUUCACCUAAAGACAAGGAGGAAAUGGCUUUGGCCCUGGCACAGCAGCAGCAGCAGGAGGCGGCCCAGGCGACAGCAGAUGAAAACGUGGCUCAGAUGAUCCGAGUUUCAUAACCCUUUCGCCACGAUCUCUUCUGUCUGUGAACUCUGCCCUGCCUGAGACUCUUCAUCCCAUCCAACCUGAUCUGCUGCAACCCCAGGCUCCCUCUUUUACCCCUUUCUGCCACGCCGUUAAACACCAAAUCACAGAACCACCACCGGUUGUUUCUUCUUUCGUCUCUCCAACCCGACACUUGUCUUCCAGCGAGCUGAUCAUGUGGCUGCUGAGCCUGUUUAUGGUUCUGGUCUUCUUCACUGAAAUGGAAGAUGCUUCCACCCUCAGCUUAUCUGGUUGACGUUGACGACAAUUUUCACUAGGAUUUGUCUAGUCAAUAAUGGAUGCAUGAAGUUGUAGGUAGCCAGGCCAUCUGAUGUCACCUGGUGUGUAAAAAGAUGGGAUUUUGUCUCCAGUGAAUGCUUUACAUAUUUCUUGUUUUCAGAGGACACUUGUUAAGGUAUCUUUUAUGUGAUGGCCUUUAUUUUUACUUUUUGGGAGGGUCGUGGUUUCAACCCAUGUACUGUGGAGCAUGGACUCAAAAUCAAAAGUCCAACCUGUGUCCACUGAGCAAAAACUGAAAUGUGAUACUAAUGUGAAGAUAUUGUACAGACAUUAUUCUCUUCCCCAGUGUACCUACUGAUUUUCCCAAUUUUGUGAAUGCAUUUUAUACAAUUUUGUGCAAAGUGUUUCCAGGAAAACAAUAACUUGUGUGUUUAAUCACAUUACACGUUCUAUCCAUGUAGUUACUAUCGGUCAGUCUGCCUAAGUGUUUUGUAUUUUCAUUGUAGAUAGAUUUUUUUUAUCUAUAAAAUGCACCAUUGUUUUUUUUAUUAUAAUGGUAAAAAGGUUGGACAUUAUAGAAACCAUGUCAAUUAAAUUUUAUUAAGUGACCCAA